AUGAUGGUAGAAGAUGAGGACAAAGACAUGAAUUUUGGUGUUGAGCAAGCAUCACAGAGUAUACUUGACCAAGUUGAUGCGUAUUUGCAAGAUAAUAUUAUGACUUCGAAUAUAGGCAUUAAGGGGAAUCCUCAUUCUGGUGUCGGUGCGGCUGGAAAUGAUGACUCUGGAGUACAUACGAAUGUAGCAUUACAACAGGCAUGGGGGUCCAUUCAUUUAGAUGAUGAGAGUUUCAAUAAUAUGAUGGAUUAUAAUAUACUAGAUAAAGGCAUUGGAAGUGGCGGUGCUGAUGUCGGGCAUUGGAGCGGUGAAGGUGAACCCAACGUACCAUUACAGUUGCCAAACCCUCCUGUGCCACAAGAUUUUAUAUUUUCGCCAAUGUUGGAUCCAAAUAAUGCAGCCAACGAUGGUAAGAAGAAGAUGAGUGCCAAUAGCAACGCCUCGCCCUUUAUGGUCCCUUUCGAACCCAGUUCAGGAGUCGUUUUCGCUAAUGACAACACUGGUAUGAUCAAUACUCCAUAUUUAAGAGGAAACAAAGAGACGAAGAAGAACGGCAGUGUGAGUGGGAGCAAUAGCGGUGGAAUGCAGAUGGUUGGAGGUUUCUCGCCGCUGACCUCUCCAGCCAUCACGCCAAUCACCACAUCCAAGAAAGUCGUCAAAAAUAGUCCGCGUAUGAGUUUAAUGAACUCGAAUAACGGGCUUCCGAGAAACGCUUCCCAUGCCGACACUAAGAGAGAUAAGAGGACUGUCAAGAAUGGCAAUAGCAGCACCAGCACCCCCAAUUCGGUGACGAAUAGUCAUGAAGUUUGGGAUGAACUUAUGUUUAGGUUGCCUGUGAGUAGUAUGAGCGUGUCUCUAAGCGCAGGAGAACAGAAUAAAGAAAACGACGAGAAUGUGUAUGAGACCAACACACAUGGCUAUCCGAAGGUGGUGCUGCCAUCGCAUUCGACUACCUCAUUCGAUAAGGAAGACGAUCAUAUAUUAGACAGGAACUUGCUAUACGACAACGAUGAUGCCUACCAUGAGGAUAACGAUUGUAAUAAUAAUGAAAAUAAUGAGGAUAUUGAUAAUAUUAAACCCAGGAAAAACAAGACCAAACAAGCUCACAAGAAUGAUAUUGAUAUAGACACGAGUAGCAUCGGGGGCGGCGACACUGCGAAAUACGUCAAGACGUUACGGGCCACAGAGUCCCCUGUGAUAAAGCCAAAAGUGAUGUCGCAGAGCUCGUGGAAGAAAAGACAGUUGUCGCAAUCGCAAAUGAACAACAUAGUCAAGGACAUCAAACCAUAUCAAUACGAAGCAUCCAGUCUAACGGCUAGUAACGAGCUAAUAGGAACAAUUAAUAACAUGGAAGACGCGGCAGCGUCUUCCAUGACUGAUAACUCCGAGAACAGCAGUUCAGGCAACAAGAUGGGUGGUCUUAAGAAAGUAAGAACCAAUGACGACGAAACCGCUAAGCGAAACAUCCACAAGGCAGCCGAACAAGAAAGGAGAAACAGAUUGAACUUGGCAUUGAACCGAUUAAAACUAUUGAUCCCCGAAGAUUUAAAGCAAUCGGUAGAAGUCCCGUCAAAAGCCACCACCGUCGAACUAGCAUGUCAAUACAUAGAGCAGCUGAAAUCCCAAUUGCAACAGAAGUAA